UUCAGUGCUGACCUCUGUAUAAAUAGGCGCAUCCGAGAUUAGCUACCUCUUGCAACACUACUGUCUUCUACUGGAAAAGCACCCCCAAAAAAAGGAACAGUGGCAGAUGGCUCGAAUUCUUCUCAUCUUAGCUUCCGAAUUCAUCAUUUUAUCCAUUCUCUCUUCCUCUGGCCUCAUCCAAUGCAGCAGAGAAGAUGAUCAUGACUUUAUGAGCAUCCUAGAUCGGAAGCUACUCGGCCUAAAGGAAGAAAAGCUAAGUCGCUUUCGCAUCUAUUGGCACGACAUUGUUAGUGGUCGUAACGCUACAUCUAUCCAAGUGGUGCAACCCUCCAACGGAUCGGCAACUGGGUUCGGCAUAAUUAGUAUGAUCGAUGAUCCAUUAACCGAGGGGCCUAAGUUAAGCUCCAAAAUGGUUGGAAGGGCACAAGGGUUCUAUGCACUCUCGUCACAAGAAGAGGUAGGCCUGUUGAUGUCCAUGAACUUUGCUUUUACUGUAGGAAAAUACAACGGUAGCACCAUUACAGUGCUGGGGAGAAACACAGUCUUUUCCAAGGUGAGAGAGAUGCCGGUGAUCGGAGGCAGCGGCCUUUUCCGAUUUGCCAGAGGUUAUGUUCAGGCAAGAACUCAUACAUUCAAUCUGGAGACAGGAGAUGCCAUAGUCCAGUACACCUGCUAUGUGCUGCAUUAUUGAAUAUUUGACCCACUUACUUCAACUUUAUUAAUUUAUUCUAUGUUGGUGCAUGCUUGCUUUCAUUGUGUUGGCCACUUUCGAUUAUUUUUUAGGUGGGUGGGGUGGUUUAUUUUACUUCUUACGAUGUAAUAAUUACUAUGCUUUGAUUUGAAGUUUGGAGAUGAUGCCUGUCUAUAUAUGUACCAUGUGGAAUUACUCUAAACAAGUUUAUGUAAUAUGGACUCCAAUUUCUAAUCAAUUUACAUAGAUCA